AUGAAUGGGAAUAGGAAUGGACAAUGUGCGCAAAUAUGCUUACUUUUCUAUACCGUCCUCUUUUGGAUUACUGGAUUGGCACUGAUAUUUUUGUCAUUGUGGACACUGCUAGAUCCACGCCGUAAUUAUGUCCUCGACUUGGUCGAUUUCUCAGAGGAUGAUCCAUUACUUCGUGGAUCUACUUAUCUAGCUCUUGUUACUGGUUCUGUUACAAUGAUAAUUGGUUUUAUUGGUUGUUGUGGUACAAUCAAAAAAUCACUGUGCUUGCUCAUUACUUUCGUGAUCUGUUUACUCAUGUUAUUUUUUGCUGAUGUAACGAUCGCUUGCUUAGCAUUGUUCUACCGUAAUAAGUUUGUUGGCAAUGAGCUUAGUGUGUAUUUAACAAAGUUAACACACGAUCGAUAUUAUCGUCUUUAUUGGGUCACGCCACUCGUCGACACCAUCCAAUAUUAUUUUUUGACAAGUGAUUUUGACCAGAAAUUGCAAUCGCUAAUAAGAGAAAAUUAUGGUAUCAAUCCGAGCAUCGAAUAUAAUGCCAAAAUAACGUCGCUCAUUGAUAGAUUGCAGUUUAAUGAGCAGUGCUGUGGUUCAGUGGAUUACGGGGAGUGGAGUAGCAGUCGCUGGCGUACAUCCUACUGGCGAGGUGUUGAUUUACUCCAGCAACGAUCACAAUUCAGUUUUGAUGUAGUACCAAGUACAUGCUGUGUGCAAUUGACUGGUGCAACAGCAAUGAAUCCGGUUGCCAGAAGUUCAGCACGCUGUCAACAGUUUCAAGCUAAUAAAUUAUGGAGGCAUCAAACGCAACAGUGUUGUGGUGCCACCGGUCCCCAUAAUUAUCAUGAUUCAUUUUGGUACAAAACUAACACAGAGCGUGGUACCAUAUCAUUUGUACCGCAGUCAUGCUGCAAACAAAUGCAAGAAGCACGAGCCUGGUUCAUAAAACCAGUUGAUCAAAUGUGCUCCUCAUAUAACUACUACACUUCUGCUUUCAACAAUUCUGUCAAUGUUCAGCGCGAUAAUUUAUCAGGAAUAAUUGCGAUGAAGAAGCAGAUGUUUGGGAAGAAGGAAAGGAUUGCAUUUAAAAGAAUGACAGCUGAAGGAGGUGCAAAUUAUUGGGAUAUGCUGAUGGUUAGAACAAUCAUGAUAACAGACGGCGUUGAUUAUAAAAUUUCGACAGUGCUAAGUGAUUGGUUUAUGAUGCUCGAUGGUGAUGCACAAGAAGCACGAAGAUGUAUAAAACAAGCUUCGCCGAUGUUGACUGGUAGUAGGGAAUUAGCUGAACAUUGGGCCACUUAUUUCUUAUGUUUUAACGCUGCUUCUUCAUUUUGCAGCCAAUUUGGUUGUCACGAAAAGCUAUUGAAUUGGUUAACUGUCCAUACAAUCAUAUUUGUCUCGGUUGGUUUAUCAUUUGCAGCAUUUCAGCUUAUUGGAAUUUGUAUAGCCUUAUCAUUGUCGCAGCAUGUGCAUGGCUUCUACUACUAUAUUGCAGUAUGA